CACCUUCUUCUGUUUAAACGCUUUGAUGAACACUAUAGCUAGCUAUUCUAAAUGACCAUACUAUCACAUCUUUGCGGAACCCCAUAAUGGACUUUGUCACAGAUGUUCUCACACCUACGACACCCAGCCUUGGUGCGUUAUUCCCUGGAGCAACGCAAUUCGGAUUGCGUGCUGUGCGACAACAAAUUAGAAAUAAUAAGCUUCGUGAAGCUCGCGACUUUCAGUUACUCAUGAACCGCAUUUACAGUCAUAAUGCCCAUGAGAAACGUUUAUCUCCGAUAGUUGACAAGCGCCUACAUAGUCUCGCGCGUGGAGAUGAUUCAGCUACCCAAGAUCUCAUUGAAAAUAAGGCGCAGAUUAUGGAGGAAUGCGGAUCUGGAGAGAGCAGCGCUGCACUGACAGAACUGUGCACCGAGGAUGAUGAAAAUCCGCUAGCGAAAGCGGGAGACCGAAGACAGCUUCCCGAGCUGACGACCACAGUUCUAUAUCAGCUUUUCUACGAUAGCCCCACAAUACUAACGUGUCAUGGCAAAAAAGGACAUGAGCCGCUGCGUCCGCUCAAGGAACUUGACUGCUAUCUACGCCUGGAUGGGCAAUGGGCGACAUUUGGCGAUGAGAAUCAUGACUUUGUCGAUUCCGUUAUUGCUAGGAAGGGCGAGUUCUCUGAAGGAAGGGCUAAUAUUCGAUUCCAGUUACCUUUUCAGGAUCAAGAACACUCAAAUAAUAAGGCAAUUACGGAUGCUCCCGAUCAGAACAACGUCAGAGAGCCUGGUAGACUUGAGAAGCGCGUUGGCUUUGCAGGGGUUGAUGAAUCCAAGGAUCCCCCGGACGAGCUGAUCGUAGACUUCUGCGAAACAAUCGAAACAAUCAUCAACUUGACUGGUCAACGAGUUCCGAUACGUCUUGUGGGCAAAGUACCGCAUCAUUGCUUCUACGAACUUGAUCCUGAGCAUGGGAGCGACUGCGCAAGAAAUCGCCUCCCCGUAUCUCUGGAAACGGCUCUUGCAGAACCAGCGCUCCUUUCAGCGAAAAGCAAAGUCUACCUUGCCUUUGCAUUAGCCAAAUCCUAUUGGCAGUUCUACGAGUCGAAAUGGAUGCAGGUUCAAUGGAGCUUGACAACAAUAUGCCUUCUAUCUCAUCUUGACCAGAAUGAUAGAGGACCCGCCGGUGGCGAUUAUUUGGAAGAGGAGGCAAAAACUCCUUACCUCACAAUUACUUCUCCCCCUACAAGCGAGAUAUGUUUUCAAGAGCAUGAGCCUCCUGAAACGAAGUCGUGCUUCAAACACCCUUAUCCAUAUCUGCUUAAUUUGGGAAUACUAUUAUUCCUACUGUGUGCCCCCGAAAGAUUCUCUGCACAGAAUAUUCAAAAGACAGACAAACCAGGAACGCAGAACAAGAUUCUAUGUGAUUACAUCGACGCGAUGCGUCGCCCUGCAACAUCGUGGCCUGACCUUGACCUGUCUGAGCAGAACAGGAACAGCUACAAACAGAUUGUACAGCAUUGCAUCCCUGGACUGGACGUAUUGAAGAAUGGCAUGGAACUCGACACUGUAGCUGCAAGACGUGCAUUUAUAAGAGAUAUGGUUGUGUACCCACUUUAUCAGCUCUUGAAAGGAAUGGAAAGCCCAUCCGUUGUGCACGCACAACCUCGGCUACAUCUUGCAAAUACACACACUAACGCAACCUCUGGUGGUAAGACUGACUUAGUUGAGCGAGUAGCAAGUGAGGAAUCAAGAACCUGGUUGGAUGCAAUCAAAUUCUCGCACUUGGUGACAGGUAUCCGACAAGGAAUCUUGAAAACAGGCAAAAGCAGACCGAUGAUCGCGGUCCUUGAUACGGGAUAUGAUCCCAAAUCAUCUUUCAUAGGUCCGCUACAGAGAAAGCGUUUUACGAGACAUGCCGAGGACCACGAACUAUAUCAUUGGAAAGACUUCUGGGGAGAUAAGAGCGACCCGGAAGACAAAGACGGGCACGGUACCUCGAUGUUAUCAACCAUCAUGGCACUAGCACCUUUCGCUGAUGUUUGCGUGGCACGCAUUGCUGGUGAGGAUAGUGAUCUUCGAGGAGAGCAACGCGGAGAAGUAAUCACAAGUUUGAAAAAAGCAAUAAUAUGGGCAUGCGACACUCAGAAAGCGGACAUCGUCUCCAUUUCAUUGGGGUGGGAAAAGGAACCGAUAGAUGAAGGCAAGAAGGUCAUUCAAAAUGCAAUGUCUAUGUCGCUUGGGAAUGCGAACCAAAAGGUGCUAUUCUUUGCUGCUGCAUCAAAUUAUGGCGGCGCGCACCCUGAACUCUUCCCUGCAAAAUACAAAGAGACAUUUUCGGUUCGAGCAACAGACACGAAAGGCGUUCACCAGUCCACGAACCCUGAGCUUUCGGACGGCUCGGACGUCUAUGGAACUCUAGGAGUUCGGGUACCAACAGCGGACAGAGGGUCUGCUGAAUCAGAAGUCAGCAGAAGCGGAAGUUCAAUCGCAACAGCCAUCACUGCAGCUCUUGCUGCAAUCCUCAUUGCAUUUAUCAACAUACACGACACAAAAAACAAAUGGGAAAUGGUGAGGACUUCAGAAGGGUUUCAAAAACUGAUGCGAAGUUUAUCCACGAAGACCGAAACCCAAAAACGAUUCUUUUCUCUGGAAAAAAUCCUCAACGAGAGCUAUCAUGAGGCUCUAGUGAAGCACUUGGAUGGAGCAACUUCAAAUUAACAUUCUUUCGUUUUGAAUCACCUGUUAGAGUUUUAGAUCAGAGGAUUGAGAAGCAAUGUCUGUGACUAUCUGCUCGGUGACGAACCGAUUACUUCAUCUAGUUGCAAGUCUAGGUCCUGCAAUCCUAACUUCAAUUUUUGGCUAGAGCCUGAAGGUACACUUUCCUCAAUGCACACCUACAACGAGAAAACCGUAAGUGCAAAUCAUUCAUAUUAUGCACUCGAGAUUCAUUCGACGACGGAUGUAAACGCAAUAUUACGCAGCACUAUCAAAAGCAAACAUUGUGGCCCGACCCAAGCCAAUAGUUAGGUCGCAUAAGCGCCCGGCGCAAAGAUGCAUGGGAUAGCGAUUUCAGCUGCAGAUUAUCCAACUUUUCACCGGUGCGGGGUCAGAUAUGAUCGAC